CACGCCCUUUUCCAGUCCGUCCCGUCGAUAAUGUCUGCCCUCCAGAAGAUCAUCAAGCCCACUGGCGUUGCCGCCGAUGAGGUCGAGCUCACUGUUGCUCAGGCUCUCUUCGACCUCGAGACCUCUGUCGCUGACUUGAGGAAGGAGUUGAGGCCUCUCCAGUUCUCCGCUGCCAAGGAGGUUGAGGUCGGUUCCGGCAAGAAGGCUAUCGUCAUCUUCGUCCCCGUUCCCCUUCUUAAGUCUUUCCACAAGAUCCAGCAGCGUUUGACUCGUGAGCUCGAGAAGAAGUUCUCUGACCGUCACGUCGUCUUCGUCGCUCAGCGCCGCAUCAUGCGCAAGCCUACCCGCCGCUCUCGCCAGCAGCAGAAGCGCCCCAGGUCCCGCACCUUGACCGCUGUCCACGACUCCAUCCUCGAGGACCUCGUCUACCCCACCGAGAUCGUCGGCAAGCGCACCCGUGUCCAGGUUGACGGCCAGAAGAUCAUCAAGGUCUUCCUCGACAACAAGGACGCUGGUUCCAUCGACUACAAGCUCGGUUCCUUCUCCCAGGUCUACAAGAAGUUGACGGGCAAGGAGGUCGUCUUCGACUUCCCCGCCACUCAGGGUGAGGGUCUCUAAAUUAUUUUCCGUACGCGAGGAAUGAUUUGAAAAAUUGGGAUUGGAUUUUUGGAG